AUGACGACACUAAUUUCCUCCGUCUCCCAGCAGCAGCGGAUUGACGCUGAACCUAGAUUCCACCGGGAAGUGGUCGAAGCGUUUCGCCUUAUCGACACCAAUGGCGACGGUCGUAUUUCCUACGAAGAGCUCGCAGCUCUCCUCAAUCGUCUUGGGAUUGACGAAGGUCUAGCCGUCGUUCACGAUAUCAUCGGCGACGCGGAUCGUGACGGCGACGGUCAGAUCGACGUUGAAGAAUUUUUUAUUGCUGCCCGUGGAGCUCCGUGUAACUGCUGCGUUACCGGCUCGCCUUGCUGGCAUGAAAACGAGGAUCUGCAGAAGGUUUUUACGCUCUUUGAUUGUGACAAUAGCGGGGACAUCACACCGGAGGAGCUACAACAGGCGAUUUGGAAGAUAAACGGCGAAUCUGUCAGCCUUUUGGAUUGUCAGCGAAUGAUCGCGAGAGUUGACUCUAACGGGGAUGGGAUGGUCGACUUUAAAGAGUUUCAGCGUAUGAUGGAUGGAGUGUUUGGCUGA